AUGUACCCCCUCUGCCCCCCCCAAGACCUCGCGUCCCCCCGGGGCCCCUCGGCCCCCUCGUCGCCAGCCCCCUCGUCGCCCUCCUCCCCGACGUCGUCGUCGUCGUCGUCGCUGUCGCGUCGUCGCCAGAAGCAGCGUCGCAGCCGCACCAACUUCAGCGCCGAUCAGCUGGGCGAGCUCGAGGGCCUCUUCGACGAGACGCACUACCCCGACGCCUUCAUGCGGGAGGAGCUCAGCCAGAGGCUCGGACUCUCCGAGGCACGAGUUCAGGUUUGGUUUCAGAACAGGAGAGCCAAGUGCCGGAAGCAAGAAAAUCAACUUCACCGAGGUGUGUUCUUCAGCGCGAGCUCGCACCUGGACGCGUGUCACGUGGCCCCCUACCUCAGCAUCAACUCCCUGCGCCUCCCCUUCCAGCAGGUCCAAAUGGAAGGGAUCUCCCCGCAUGCGACUCUGCAAGCCGCUCAUCCUCCAUACGUCCUCUUCCCUCCACCUCCCUCGUCCAUCGCCGCCGCCUCCUCGUCCACCUCGUCGAUUGUUGCAGCUGCAGCUGCUGCUGCUGCUGCUGCCAAGACGAAGACGUCGAGCAUCGCGGACCUGCGGCUCAAGGCGAGGAGGCACGCGGCCGCCCUGGGGCUGUGA